UUUCAACUGAUUUCGCAUAGUUUGAUGGCGAUGUGAGUCGCAAGAGCACAGCCAUCCAUCCAAAUUGAUUAAACUUUAAUUUUACCAUCUUUUUUUUCUCGUUCGGUUGCAAGUUGGAAAAAAUAGAUGUUUCUGUUUUUGUGAUGGUAGCAAAUUAUUCAAAUUCUAAAUUAUUUUCAGUUGUUGCUGUGAAAAAGUGUGAAAUAUUAACGUGAGCAAAAAAAAAAACAUGGUAACUAACGUGGAUUUAAAUGAAAAUCUCACAGCCAUACGACCAGAAGCGAGGGUCGGUGAGCCAGCUGUUAAGUUACUUGGUUGGAAUGUGCCGCCUGACCAAUUAUCAACAAUUCCAGAGCAUUGGCUAUCGCAACCCGAACCAAACGCUUCGGUCCACUAUUUACUUGGAACGCUAUAUAUCGCGUUCUUUUUUGUUGCAAUCAUCGGUAAUGGCCUGGUGUUAUGGAUUUUCACAUCGGCAAGAUCACUACGCACGCCAUCGAAUGUGUUUGUUGUGAAUUUGGCAUUUUGUGAUUUUGUGAUGAUGUUGAAAACGCCAAUAUUUAUCUACAAUUCUUUUAACCAUGGAUACGCACUAGGUCCGAGUGGAUGCCAAGUAUUCUCGUUGAUGGGCGCGUUUUCGGGCAUUGGAGCUGCGAUUACGAAUGCAUGCAUCGCAUACGACAGAUAUCAUGUCAUAUCCAAUCCCAUGGAGCGAAAAUUAACGAUGACAAAGGCUAUUUUCAUUGUGAUGCUCAUUUGGUGUUACACCAUUCCAUGGUCGAUUUUCCCUUAUUUAAAGAUCUGGGGCCGAUUCGUUCCGGAGGGAUACUUGACAUCAUGUACAUUUGACUAUUUGACGGAUACAUUCGAUAACAAACUUUUCGUCGCCGUUCUCUUUACGUUCGCUUACUGCAUUCCAAUGUCGUUGAUUAUUUACUACUACAGUCAGAUUGUCAAGCACGUUUUUAGCCAUGAAAAACAGUUGAGAGCUCAGGCGAAGAAAAUGAACGUUGAAUCGUUGCGAUCAAAUCAAAAAGGUGCUGGAAAUGUCUCGGCUGAGGUGCGCAUUGCUAAAGCAGCCAUCACGAUUUGCUUCUUGUUUGUGGCAUCAUGGACGCCUUAUGGAACAAUGGCACUAAUCGGGAGCUUUGGAAAUAAAGCUCUACUUACUCCAGGAGUCACGAUGAUACCAGCUUGUACAUGUAAAUUCGUGGCAUGUUUGGAUCCCUAUGUCUAUGCCAUCAGUCAUCCGAGAUACAGAAUCGAGCUGCAAAAGCGUUUGCCAUGGUUGGCGAUCUCCGAGAAAGAGGAGAAAGUCGCCGAUGGUGUAUCAGUAACCACACAAGAAGGAACUGUAACGCAACAGGCUACCGCAUAAAUUAUCAUAAAAUACUGGACUUGAACACGGCUUACGAAACUGGAUAACUGAAUCUCUGAAUUAUGUCAACCAAAAACCUCAAUAUUUCUAAAUUCCAAAGCAAUAAUGUCAUUCACAUUUUAGUUCAUGUUCAUUUUCAUUAACUCAUUUUCGAUUUCAAUUUGAAUAAAGUCGUAUUUUCCCAGCAAGAAAAAUGAAAAAAAAAAA